CGGGGACUCGGGACCGGCUCACGCACGCCUCUUGUGGCGGUCCUAUUCCCAGCUCGCAGUGCCGACGGCUCGAAACACGCGCGGGGAUCGCGUGAACCAAUCCUCGCUGCUCGAGUACCGACGCGGCCAAAGGAUAUCCACCACCUCGAGAACCUCGAGAGUGGCGUCGCCAGCACACACAGCAAAGGCCAAUGGCACCGUCGGCUUUGGGACUGGCCAAGGUCGGCGCAGGCCUUGCGAUCGGCACCCCGGUGGCCCUCACAGGAGCUGUGGUUUCGCUUCUCACGAAGAUGCAUGGGUCGGUCGGCGUCGCCGCGCCCACGAAGAGGAUGCUCGCCGAGGAAGACGCAAAGGCCUGUGCAUUGUUCCGUCAUCUGCCCGCUCUCGCAGAGAAGAUCGCAUGGCGUUCGCUUGGGGCGGAUGUCACUCCCAUACACCGCUGCGCACUGAACACGCCGUCAGGUGUGCCAGUCUCCUUCUUUGUGAAGCGCGAGGAUCUCGCAUCGCCUGUGUAUGGCGGCAACAAGGUGCGCACGCUCCAACACCAGCUGGCUGUCAUUGAGUCCAAGUACGAGGCGGGCGACCCACGCUGUGCCAACAUCCACGUCAUGGGCACCGGUGGGAGCAACCAGGUCGUGGCCACGGCCGUGCACGCCCGUGAGCGGCUGCCCAAGCUGACGGCGCUCUGGAUGGACAAGGACGUCCCCGACCUCGACAACACCCUGAACAUGCUGAGCACGCUCUCGAUGCCGCUCGCGGCCAAGUUCAACUGGGCCGAGCCGCUCCCUGUGCUGAAGCGCCUCGUCGGCGCCGCCUUCGGCGGCGACGGCGUGGUCGUCACGGCGGGCGGCAACUGCCCGGCGGGCGUCCUCGGGCAGGUCGGCGGCCUGCUGGAGCUCGCGGAGCAGAUCGAGGCCGGCGCGAUGCCGUCUCCCGACCGGAUCUACCUGCCGAUCGGCUCGAGCUGCACGACGAGCGGGCUCAUCCUGGGCGUCGCGCUCGCGCGUCACCUGCGACUGGGACCCUUCGGCGGGCCGCUGCGCAUCGUCGGCGUGCCCGUGCACGAGGCGUUCGCCAUGCUGCAGGCCAAGCUGGGCAUCCACCGCGCGUCGCUGUCGCAGUACAUGCCGCUCACCAUCCGCCACACGCUCAAGACGACGUGCGCCGAGCUCGCGCGCCUCGGCGGGCCCGACCUGCACGACGCCAGCCUCCGGAUCCUCCACGAGGAGGUCGAGAUCCUCACCGACGCCGACCUCGUCGGCAUCUACGGCGCGCACUCCGAGGUGAGCCGCCGCGCGGCGCAGGCGUACGACGCCACGGGCCGGCUCUUCGAGGGCAGCGGCGCGGAGGUGAGCACGCCGCUGUGGGUGUGCGGCCACUUCGUCGCGAAGGCGUUUGCGCCGCUGAUCGACGACGCCGCGAAGGAGGAGCUGCGCGGGCAGACCUUCCUGCUGUGGCAGACCAAGUCGGCGGUGCAGCCGCUCGGCACGGAGGACGAGUGGGCGCAGCUGGCCGAGAUGCCGCCGCUCGUGAAGCGGUGGGCGGACGACGGCCCUGCGGAGUCCACGCUGCGCCCGGGCAAAGUGGACACCGCCAACGGCACGCCUGAUGACUAUCGCCAUCUGAUGAAGGCGCUGCCGUGAGCAUGAACGCACACAGAUAGAGACACGCGCGUGCAAGGUCCGUAUGGCUCACCGUGUAGUCGGCCACUCGGCGUUUUCACACGCAUUUCGUGACACACAAUACUGCCAGCAAGAUGCGACAUUAAGUUACU